GAAAACUAGACGCAGUUUCAAGGGAGAACCAAAUCAGAAUCAGAGGCUUCUCUUAUCUUAUCGCAGAAAACCCUAAUUCUUACGAGCCCUAAUUUCCAUCGCCAUCCCUAAUUCUCUUUUCUCUAUGUAAAUGCAUCUGAAGAAAUCAACUGUAGCAGAACGUCGAUUUAUCGGAAAGGAAGCCGCCGGUUGUUUCUCUUCCGAUUCGAAUCCGAACCCUCACCCCAACCCGACUUAUCAUCAUCACCAUCACCGUCCUCCUCAAGCGUCGCAACGUCAGAUUCCAGACCAGUCCCCUCGACGAACCGCCAUUGAUGCAGGCUCUGGUUACUCUGCGCAACUUCUGGGCCAUCUGACGGUUGAAAUCCCUGAUUCAUCGCCUCAAAACCCAGUCUCUACACCGCACAAGAGGACUGCGGUGGCUCAACCGUCUCAUCCGUUUGGUUUCGCCGGCGACGUUGACCGUUCCCGGCGAGGAAGUUUCCGCGCAAGCCUAGGAUCGAUUUCUUCGUAUUGUCCAUCGCGUCUUUUGAGGUUUCUGUCUUCAUCUCGGUUGUCGAUCCUGAUUCCAUCCGCGAGUAGUCAGUUUUUACGGAAACUGCUCCGCCAUAUCCUUCACGCCCGUCUGAUAUGUUUCCACCUUCGUUUCCUGCUUCUUCUCUCCGUUCCUCCUCUGUAUAUAUUCUUCCUGUUGAUCAACGUUCGCCUCUUUCUGCUCUUCUUAAUCGUCGUCUUUGCUGUGUCUUUUAUCCUUGUCGUGUUUCUCAAUCUCGCCCUUACUCACCUACCGUCAAUCCGCUUGUUUCUUGCUCGUUUGCCACCCCUCAAGUUUAGACCUACCGGCUCCUCCUUUUCUUCGAAGUCUAACGCGAAACAGGUUGUUUGGUCAAUUGGUUCGAAGCCCGCGACAGAGAAAAAGACGAGCUCUGGCUCUUGGGUUCAAAAGUACAGCAGUGGUGAUGUAUACGAGGGAGAGUUUCAUAGAGGAAAAUGUUCAGGAAGUGGGGUUUAUUACUAUUCCAUGAAAGGUAAAUACGAAGGGGAUUGGGUUGAUGGGAAGUAUGAUGGUUAUGGUGUAGAAACAUGGGCUAAAGGAAGCCGGUUUCGUGGUCAGUAUAGGCAGGGAAUGAGACAUGGGAUUGGAGUCUACAGAUUCUAUACUGGGGAUGUGUAUGCUGGUGAGUGGUCUAACGGGCAGUGCCAUGGUUGUGGUGUAUAUACCUCUGAGGACGGUAGUCGAUAUGUUGGAGAGUUCAAGUGGGGUGUCAAGCAUGGCCUUGGUCAUUACCAUUUCAGAAAUGGUGAUACAUAUGCUGGGGAGUAUUUUGCUGACAAGAUGCAUGGUUUUGGGGUUUAUCAAUUUGGAAAUGGGCAUCGGUAUGAAGGAGCCUGGCAUGAGGGAAGAAGGCAAGGGCUUGGCAUGUAUACAUUCAGGAAUGGCGAGAUGCAGGCUGGCCACUGGGAAAACGGCGUUCUCAGCUGUCCCAGCGAGCAAACUACCCGUCCUGGAUCGUCUUUCUACAUAAGUCACACCAAGGUUCUCGAUGCUGCCCAGAAAGCAAGGAAAGCAGGGGAGAAAGCGGAAGAAGUUGGGAAAGUGGAGGAGAGAGUGAACAGAGCAGUGAUGGCCGCAAACAGAGCUGCAAACGCCGCAAGAGUAGCCGCCGUUAAAGCUGUCCAAACGCAGACAUUUCACGACGGUUCUACUGACCUCUUCUGAAUUCCUCAAUAGCUUUGUUUGUAGUUUUGAGAAGGGUGGGUGGGGCUUCUUCUCUUGGAACCAACGUUCAGACGGGGGAAAAGAAGUAAAUAAAAGAGGUGACUGAAUCUGGGCGAUGGAGCAAGCCACACGCAGGUCUUUCGCUGCUUACUUUUAUCCAACCUGAGUUGGCUGAAAAUCUGCCAACUCAGAAACACGUGAAUCUAAUAUGUUUUUUUUUCCGCAUAAAUAGUUGUCCCGUGUGUGCUAUUGCAGUUUUUAUAAUCUCUCUCUGUUGCAUGAUAAAAACAUCGUAUUGAUUGAUUAUACUGUCGACAUAAAACGUGAUGUUCAACUCCCAAUUCACCUUACCUCUCCUCAAGGCAAAUGCUAUGUUGUGUUGGAGGAAAAUAUUCGACGACAAAAACCCAUUCUUGCUUACUGUUACCAAGGCACAGGUCCGCACAAAUGUAGCAUAACCCAAAAAAAAAAAA